AUGGCUCGACUUUUGUGCUGGGACAAAGUUGCUCGAGAGUUGGUUGGAAAACCAUGUGAUGCUGACAAUGAUGGCUCAUAUCUACCACUUGACCUUGAACUUUUAACACACAAAUUGGUAUUGUUCAAGGUUUCAAAGAAGAAGGAUCAAUUUGGAGAAUACAAUGGUCCUUAUACUGUUUCUCGAUUAACAGCCGAUCAUAUUUUGGUCAACAGAUUUGGUUCUUUGGCCAACAUGUCUCAGGACUCAAAUGCUGAAGACAUGUACAGCCCAAUCAGGGUUGUGAAAGCUGAAGAAGUAUACAUCCCAAUCAUGGCUGUAAAUUCUGUAGAAGUGAACAGCCCAAUAAGGGCUGUGAAGGAUGAAGAGAACAGCCCAAUAAGGGCUGUAAAGGCUGAAGUGAACAGCCCAAUCGAGGCUGUGAAGGGCUGCAAAGAGGAUGUAAAGAAGAGAGAGCAGACUGGGUCAGGCUAUAAUGAAGUGAUGAUGGGGAAGAAGAAAAUAAAGAUUGAACAACUCUGA